UUAAAAGUUCCGUGUAAUAUUUGCAAAUCGUCACUAGAAAAAUAUUAUUUAACGUGUUUAUUAGAUAAUUUCACUUAAUAAUCAUCGGAGCAAAACUAUAUAAACGAACAAUUACUGGCCUUGGUCAUCACUGGUUAUUCCGCGUUAACACCUAACAGUUUUAGCACUCCCACAUAACCAUGAAGCUACUCUUGCUGUUUAUCGUCGCAAUGUCCGCCUACUCCGCUAACUGCGCGCUCACAGACGCCGAAGUUACGCAGAAAUUCAACGAAUUUAAAACUAAAUAUGGGAAAACGUACGCUGACGCAAAUGAAGAAAACUUUAGAAAGCAGCUAUUUGCCAAGAAUCUAGAGAAGAUUGAAGAGCACAAUAAAAAGUAUGAGCAAGGACAAGUCACUUAUACAAUGGGUGUUAAUCAGUUUUCUGACUUGACUCCUGAGGAAAUGAGGCCGUACACACAUGGAGUUCUGCGCCCUAAGAAUUUUCGAGCCACAAUGUCAGCGGAAUUAACUGAAGAGUUUAUUGAAGAGAAAUGGAAUGAAUUUAAAGCAAAAUAUCGCAAAAACUACACCGAUGCUGAAGAGGAAAGUUACAGGAAAAGUCUCUUCGUUGCAAAUUUGCAGAUGGUAGAGAGUCACAACGAAAAAUACGAAGAUGGAUUGGUUAAUUACAAGAUGGGAAUUAACCAAUUUGCUGAUUACUCCAAGGAAGAAAUGCCAUGUAGACACAGCAAAUAAAGUGUAUCCCAAUGUUAAAAAAUAAUUUUGUAACUAAAUUUUGUGCUGUAACAGUAAAUAUCUUCUCCAAUCAUAAAGUAAA